GCUGCUGCUGCUGCUGCUCUGUGCCGCGCAUCUCCGCACGGAGCUGCCGGAGGAAAACUAAAGAAAAGGAGGCAUUCUGGUAGAUUUCAUCACAGUAGUGUGUGAAGACUUUUAUUUCUCUGGAAGUGUUUUGGUUUUUCACUCCUGGACGAAAGCGCCAGCGAAACGCCGUUGCAAGAGACUUAUUUCGGAGUUUGUUGUUCGUGCGCUUUUGCGUUAUCAGCUGUUUAAUGGAUGCCGAUGGAUUAGUUUAGAGAACUGGUGAAGGGGGGUUGCAUGUUUUGAAAGAAACUUGCCGUUCACAAGCUGCUGAGUGCAAAGAGCUUCGGCACUGCGGAACGGCGGCUGCUGCAGAAGUGGAGCGCGAUUUUCUGACCGUUGCAGUUUUUUUCUUCUUGGAUCUUAUUGGGUUUUAUUGUGGAGAUUUUCCAACUCAUCCGACGCAGCUUCCUACUGUUACCUUUAGCGCGGGGACCAUGUUGUUGAAGGAGUACCGCAUCUGCAUGCCUCUGACAGUGGAGGAGUACCGUAUCGGCCAGCUGUACAUGAUCAGCAAACACAGCCAUGAACAGAGUGAACGUGGAGAAGGUGUGGAAGUGGUGCAGAACGAGCCCUACGAGGAUCCAGAGCAUGGAUCAGGCCAGUUUACAGAAAAACGGAUCUACCUCAAUAACAAGCUGCCCAGCUGGGCCAGGGCGGUGGUUCCUAAAAUUUUCUAUGUCACAGAGAAGGCCUGGAACUACUACCCAUACACCAUCACAGAGUACACAUGCUCCUUCCUGCCCAAGUUUUCCAUCCACAUAGAGAGCAAAUAUGAGGAUAACAAAGGAAACAAUGAUAAUAUCUUUGGAAGUGAGCCCAGAGAGGAGGAAACAGAAGUGUGUUUUGUGGACAUUGCCUAUGAUGAGAUCCCUGAGCGCCACUACAAAGAGUCAGAGGACCUCCGACAGUUUAAGUCAAAGAAGACAGACAGGGGCAAUCUGCAGGAAGGAUGGAUCGACACCCAGGACCCCAUCAUGUGCUCAUACAAACUGGUUACAGUUAGGUUUGAAGUGUGGGGACUGCAAACACGCGUGGAGCAGUUUGUGCACAAGGUGAUACGAGAUGUCCUGCUUCUAGGACACAGGCAGGCCUUUGCGUGGGUGGAUGAGUGGAUUGACAUGACCAUGGAGGAGGUGAGGGAGUAUGAGCGUGCCACGCAGGAAGCUACUAAUCUGAAAAUUGGGACCUUUCCUCCAGCCAUCUCUAUCUCAGAGACCCCUCUGGCGUCCAGCACCCGCAGCGGCCCCAACAGCGCCCCGACCACUCCCCUUUCCACCGAAGCUCCGGACUUCCUGUCUGUGCCCAAGGAGCGACCCAGAAAAAAGUCCGCUCCAGAGACCUUGACCCUGCCCGAUCCAGGCCGCAGGGAUUCACUCUUCAAGCUGCCAAGUUUUUUCUCCUGGAACUCCAGUCCACAACCCGAAUGAGAACUGAGCCUUGCUCUCGACCUGCGGAUCAGUAGAGGAUGCUUGCUUUGCACAUCCAACAUUGCUCCCCCCUGCUCCUGGCCAGUUUAAGUGAUGGAGGCUUUUCACAGUUCUGGUCAUCCUUGACCCCUCAGUUGUGUUCCUGGUGUUACAGCAAAGUCAGCAGCUCCCACACUGCCUUUACAGGUAGACAGUCUGCCCUCUCCCAAAGCCUGUGAGGUGCAAAAGCAAAGUUUGUUCAGCAAAGAACACUACAAAGAAUCUCAGUCAUUUCUUGGUUUUAGCAGAAUAUCCAUCCUAGACAUCCAAGCUCAGGGUGUCUUGAUUUACAAUUUCAUUCAGCACAAAAUUAGAUUUUUGCUUUUUCACCUUCAAACAUCUGGAUCUUUGUCAGCCGGAGGUUGUUGUUCAUUCUUUGUAUUUAUGUAGUGAAAGAGGUUUUGACGGAUUGUGUUGCAUAAUGUGACAGUUAAAUAUAAAGAGUUUUACACUCAAGUGUACAAUAAUCGAGUAAGCGUGUAUAUAUGACAUGAACAUGAUUUAAUCAACACAAUGUCAGCACUUAAAAAGAUUUAAACUCCAGUAAUGAAGCUGCUAUAAUUUCUGUUGUGUACAUUACAGACUGUUUUGUCUGUAUGUGUUUAUAUUAUCUCUGCCAUAUUACUGUCUCCUGGUGGUAUAACUUGACAUUAAGCUGCUUUUAAAAUAUUUGUCAAUUGAUCGUUAUGUCUUUUUGCUGUCAUACUUGAUGUGUUUUACCCAAGGUUUUAUCGAGUGAUUAUGUGGUGUUCAGCUGCUAUAUUCAUUUUGUUCAUUUUCAAGUAAAGUUUUGUAUGCAGUAAGUCAAAUUAAAUUAUAUUCGAAGCUACUAGA